AUGGCGUCGAGCCUCCAGACCCGGGUCGUCAAAAGACCGCCUGCUCGCCAAGCUACAACGACUGCGCCCGUCCACGAAUUUAUCUGCCUCUUCACUCACGACUUGAAGCGAAAGAACCAGAAAAGAUGGCAAGAUGGGAAGCUAAAAUUCCACACCUACAACAAGCGGAUAGUUGUGCACGAUAACAAGGGAAACCAUAUUGGCGACAGCCAUUGGCCAGGAAAUCAGGAAGACAUGGUUGAUGGCGAAGAGUUCACACUGGACCGAGGAUCUGCUCUCGUGCAAGUAUGUGAGCAAGUCGGGACGACUGAGCAUGACUUGGGCGAACUGGUGGACAAGAGGGUCAAGGAAGUCGAGGCCCGGAGAAUGAGAAUAGCAGCCCAGCCUUCGAACGCGAGCCACCCGCACCAAACGCCCCGACCGACCGACAACGUGCAGUUUCAGCGCCCGCUAAGUGCGAUCAUGACCCCAAGCCGAAUCGGGAGGUCUGUCAUGCCACGCCAAUCGCCCUACGAGGUUCGUCGAUCCGAGCAGCAGGAACAAGAGCAAGAUGCGACCGAAAGACCUGCGAAGAGACGAAAGCGAAGCGUGUCGCCCCCGGUGAAGAGUGGUCAUGCGCGGGGAUUGUUUGGUACGCAACUUUGUUUUUCGAAUCCGUCGGCUAGUACGUCGGUAGCACGGAUCCGGGCCCUGCGAGAUCAAGCGGCAAUCAGGCGGGAGCAACAGAAGGAGCGAUUGGUCUCAUCAGUCGAGGAGGAACCCUCAUCCGAGAAUAUUAUACUAGAAAAGCCUCGGGAAGAUGAAGAGGAGCUUGGUCAGGUUUCCGCGGACACGUCAGAUGCUCAUGCGAGGAAGGUUGGUGGUCCAGAGCCUGAACGGGCUACCGCCACCAAACAAGCCCGCUUACGGUUGAAGUCGCUCAAUAUUCAAGCCAAACGAAAGGUUCAAAAUACGGACGCGACAUGGGGGGUUCCUAAUGUGGCCACCAAUGUUAAUCCUUGGGACCCAGAGCCAUGUCAAGAAGAUAUACCUCCACGAAAGAAGCCUCGCCCAAUUGAAGCGACUGGGCCAUCAGAAACCGAAGAAACGGAGCCUCCCAAUACCUCAGUUCUACAAAAUCGUGCUCCAAAUAGAUUGGCCCCGACCAAGCUUUCCAGGGCCACUCCUUCGCUUCAUUCGAUUACGAAAAGAGUUGAAGAACAAGAGGACGAAGUGGUUUGCCUUGAGGCAAGACCGAAAGCUACAAGGCCAACCAAAUCGGCGACUAAACCGACCAAGAAAACACAGCCAACUGUCAAAUCCGGCGAUGAAGCACCCAAAACUGACCAACUCAAGACCACAAAACGCUUGCCUACAGUCCAAAGCCAGGAUUUUCCGAUCGCUGUGGAUGACGAGUCCGAACCCACACCCGACAAACCUCAACCACGCACCGCGCUACGAAUCAAAGCGAGAAGGAAAAGGGGUUUGAUGAUGUUGGCAGAAAAGAAGGCAGCUCCCAAGCCGGUCGAGCGCUCUCCAAGCCCACCGCCGCCUAAGGACAAAGAUGAUCUACCAGCCGGGGAAGAGAGCUUUGAGCAGUGGCUUGGCGAAGAACUUCCCAUGGAUGACAGUGAAAGUAAUCUUGCCACGGAAUAUUCCAACGAGUGCACUGAAGUCGAGAAGGCCCCAGAAGAGAAAGAGACGGACGGUACCCGGAAGCCCUCCCAAGUUGACACGGCGGCCAGUUCAGAGCAGGAGGAAAAACAAUCUACGCCGGAGCCUGACCGUACCGAGGAAAUCGCAAAGAUUUCAACAGAAGAUGAGAUCUGGCCUACAGAAGAUGAAAUCCAGCCUCCGGAAGUAGAUGACCAAGAUUUGGAAGACGCAAUCGCACACGCGGAGAAGGAGGAACCAAAACCCCAAUUAGACACAACAAGCGAUCCUGACCCGGACAUAGCCAGCCAUGCUGUCCAACUUGAGCACAGGGAAGCUCAAGAUUCCGCCUUCUGUUCUUUGGACGAGAGCGACGCGUCACAACCACAACGGACGAGAAGAGAGAAGCAACCACGAGCUAAAAGGGCGCCAAAAGAAGGCCCGCCAAAAGAAAUGCCACAGAGUAGCCCAGAGUGGAACAAUGUCGAUUCAGAAGAGAGCGACGAGCCACAACCACGACGAACGAGAAAAGAGAGACAACCACGAGCUGAGAGCCCGCCAAAAGAAAUGCCGCAGAGUAGCCCAGAGUGGAAUAAGGACGAUUCAGAAAACAGCGACGAUUGGCAGGGGCCAGCUCCAACAACCAAGCAACAGGUUCGCACCAGGGCGGCUCCGGCGAGAAGUAAGAAGCAAAACCAGGCAAAGUCCACAGGUCCUCAAAUCACGAGAAUGUCGCGUAAGAGCAUCAAAAGCAAGGAGAUAAUUGGGUUCAAACUACCAAGUGAGAACAAUUCAAUUCCAAACGCAUAUGUCUCUGCCGUUGGCCGUAUCGGUUUUCAGGAAGAUGUUCCCUCAGCCACCUUGCAUCGGGCAUUGUCCUUAGAGGGUGAAUCCCCACCCGUUGAGCAGCAGACCAUCAAAAGACAUGAACCGCCAAGGCUAGUGCGCCAGCAGAGCGAUCCGCAACCCAAAGGCCGGCUGGUUAAUCCGGCCACCCGAGGGAAGAAGGCAGCCAGCAAAGCGGACGCUGCAGGCCAGAUACUUCAAACACUGGUGCCAUUCGAUCCCGUCACUCGUCCCAUAGGCGCCCCUGUGUUGGUGAAAGAGAGAAAGAAAGUAGCAGCUCCUGAAGCUGCUCCAUCUCGUGACAGCAAAGGGCCCGCGCGGACACUCCCAGGGUUCAGCAAGGCGAAUGGGGGUGCUUGGAGCAGACAUGCGGAAGACCUUCUUGGAAUGACACGGCCAAACACCAGCGGCCCAUCACGGAUUUAA